AUGGACUCAGAUACCACUUCUAGAUUUGUUCCCGAGUACAGAAGAACCAACUUCAAGAACAAGGGACGGUUCCAGCAAGAUGAGCUAAGAAGGCGUCGUGAAACCCAACAAGUUGAGCUUCGUAAGGCCAAGAGAGAUGAAACCCUAGCCAAGAGACGUUUUCUUGUGAAUCCUGGAGAAGGAUCCGUCCCACAAGAAGAUGACUCCGAGAACGAAGAUGAAAUUAAUGUGGAGGACAACCAGUUUUAUUUGGAGCUACAGAAAGAGCUGCCUCGUAUGAUGGAGAAGAUUAACUCAAACGACAUGGAGAGUCAGGUGGAGGCAACCAUGAAGUUUCGACAGAUUUUAUCGCGCGAGUAUAAUCCUCCCAUCGAACUUGUGAUCCAGAGUGGAGUAGUCCCAAGACUAGUUGAAUUCAUGAAAGAUCAACAGGAAAUUCUACAAUUGGAGGCUGCAUGGGCUUUGACUAACAUUGCUUCGGGUUCCUCCGACCAAACUAAGGUUGUCAUUGAGGCUGGCGCAGUUCCAUUGUUUGUUCAACUGCUCAAAUCUCCUUCCAUUGAAGUACGUGAGCAAGCCAUUUGGGCUUUGGGUAAUGUUUCUGGUGAUUCAUCUGCCUUCAGAGAUUACGUGCUGAGCUGUAACGUCAUGGGUCCUGUACUCGAGCUAUUCAAUUCCUCAAAGAUUUCUUUGAUUCGCACGGCGACUUGGACAUUGUCCAAUUUAUGUCGUGGUAAGAAACCACAACCUGACUGGAACGUUGUUUCUGCAGCACUUCCUACACUGGCCAAGUUGAUCUAUUCCACUGAUAUUGAAACCUUGAUUGACGCUUGUUGGGCCAUUUCAUAUCUAUCGGAUGGGUCUUCAGAUGCCAUCCAGGCAGUUGUUGACGCUCGUAUUCCUAGAAGAUUGGUUGAGUUGUUAGGCCAUGAAUCUACAGAUGUACAAACUCCAGCGCUUCGUGCUGUUGGUAACAUCGUCACUGGUAACGACCUACAAACCCAAGUAGUGAUCAACGCUGGUGUAUUGCCUGCACUGUUACCACUACUAGACUCUCCAAAGGAGACUAUAAAGAAGGAAGCAUGCUGGACUAUUUCCAACAUUACUGCAGGAAACCCAGAUCAGAUCCAAGCAGUCAUUGAUUGCAACUUGAUCCCACAGAUUAUUCGUCUCUUGGUCACUGCCGAUUACAAAACAAAAAAGGAAGCAUGCUGGGCUAUUUCUAAUGCAUCUUCCGGAGGGCUUGUUCGCCCUGAUCAGAUCCGAUACCUUGUUAGCCAGGGGUGUAUCAAACCAUUGUGUGAUCUGCUCGCUGUAGCAGACAACAAAAUUAUCGAAGUCACACUUGAUGCCCUGGAGAACAUUUUGAAGAUGGGAGAGUUGGAUAAGGAAGCUCGUGGAGCUCCCUACAACGAGAAUGCUAUGUAUAUUGAAGAAGCUGGUGGCAUGGAGAAAAUCUUUGACUGUCAAAAUAACGAGAAUGAGAAGAUCUAUAAGAAGGCAUACCAGAUGAUCGAGCAGUAUUUUGGUGAGGAUGAUGGUGACUUGGAGGAUACUGGGUUACAGCCAGAAGCCUCUGGUGACGCUUUUACAUUUGGAGUAAAUUCCGCUGAUCCAUCGCAACAGCAAAGCUUUAACUUUAACUAG